AUUUUAUUUGAUGUUUUAUCAAUACUUUCUAAUAAAGAAUAAUCCUUCUCUCUCUCGUUUGAGUGUAUUAAAAACCACAGAACGAACAUGUGAUGUUCUCUAAACUACUGCUCAUACAAAUAAAUCUAGUAAAUAUAUUCAUGAAAAAUUCAAUACCGAACAUUCAACUAAUGAAGGCUACUUAAUCAAAAAAUCGAAUGCCUUCUCAAAACGAAAUAAAUCAAAAAUCAACAUACUUAUAAACAACAUUAAAAAUACAUACAAAUCAGAAAUAGAAAAAGUUAAAGAAGAAUGUAGGAUCCGAUAAACUAAUCCACAGUAGUAAAUGUAUAUUGUUUCAUUCUAUUAUUUUAAGUUAAGAAAUGUUAUAGCGUAAUAAAGAUGAUAUUGUUAUGUUAGUAGAUAGAUUAAGAAGAAUUCUUAUUAAUAAAUCUAAACGAUCCUUUUGUAUCGAGAUUAUAUAAGAAAUCAAUAUACAAAUUUCUAAAAUUCGGAAUCUUGGUAUUUAAUUCAAUCUAUUUAAUAGAUAUUAAGAUUUUGGUUAGUUUAACAUUAUCUAAAAUUGCUAAAUAUUAUAAUCUCCUACAUUUUGCUAUUUUGCUUGCUAAAAAUGCUAAACGAUUCUCUGACUCAGAAUCUAUGCUUAAGUAUAAAAUAAAAGCAUAUGAAAUUUUAUCUUUAUGUUUCCUUAAAUUAAGACUCAAGUAAGCAAAAACCUAUAUAACAAAAUAUUUAAUGUGCAGCUGGAAAUUAGAUAAACCUAACGAAGAACUAAAAGGAUAUGAUUAAAUGGGAAAAUAUUAUUAUUAUGAAGGAAACAUAGAAAUGGCAUAGUUUUUUCAUAAUAAAAUGAUAAACGGAGAUACUUUAGUAAUUUAAAUUAAAAUAUUAGAAACCUAACUCAUCAUUAAAGAGAUUAGCAGUUGCUAAAUUUGAACAAGGUUCAGUUGGAAAAAGUAAGAAGGAGAAACAAUCUGUAAAUACUGAAGAAGCAAAUUUUAAUAUAUCUUCUGACGAUGAACCAUUUGAUGUUAUUUUUGCAUAAGAUAAUGAUGAAGGCUUAUAAAAAGCUAAGCAUAAUUUUGAACUUAUGACAAAUAAUUAAAAAUAAAAACCCUCACUUUUAAAUUAUUAAAUAAGAAAGCAACCAUUGUUUGAUAAAACAAAUUUAAAAAGAGCAUAAUAAGAAUCAAAAAAUGCUAAUUCUUUUAUUAGGUAUAAUUAAAAAUAUAAUCAUCAUAGGAUUCCAAAACCAUAACAAACUUAAUCUCUACUUACUGAUAGAGGAACCUUGGAUCUCAGUAAAAUAAAGGGAUUAUCUCAUGCUCAUAUUUAACUUGGGGAACUAAAGAAUCCAGUUUUAUUAAAUCAUUUGAGUCCAAAUAGAUGUUUAGUAAACUACUAACAUAUUGAAUUGAAUAAAGCCCCAUAAUCAUAUAAAAAUGUUUCAGAAAUUGAACCUUUAUUUGAUGUAGGUGAUAUACAAAAAAUGUCUAAGAACUUAAGCAAGUUAAUUGCAAUUUUAACAGGAGUUGAAGAGUGGCUUUAGGCAUCAUGUGUAUUUUAUUGA